AGGAAUGAGUGCAUCACUGUACACUUCCAACUGAAUACAUGAUGGGUUUAAUCAUGGCAUUUUUUCUCUCUGCAGCUCUGCUGUUGCUGGUUCCUGGGAUCCUGACUGAAACGGAACAUGGAUCAAACCCCAUCAAUUUGACGAUAGUCAACAGCAUCUCCAAUGCACCCAAUGAGACCUACAGUGCUGACGUUGUGUUCAGAGGGAUCCUAAUCGGUGCCAUGAGGAGACUGCAGCAGACCAAUUCAGACUUCAAGUUUACCUACACAGAGGACCCCAACUAUGGUCCUUUCCUGGAGAGUGUGAAUGGUGUAGCCGGGGACAAUGCUGAGCACACUUAUUGGGAGCUCCUUGUUCAGACUGGGAAAAGCGGACCUGUGAUCAGACCUGACGUGGGUAUUGGCUGUUACAUCCCAGGACCAAAUGACCGCAUCAUCCUGAAUUUUACAAAAUGGUGAACAUUCAGAAGCGCCUGACUGAUACUGUUUUAUUUUAAAAAGUGCUGUUGUGCAUUUUAUUACAUGUACCAUAACAGGAAAUAAGUAUGGUAGUAAUGGUCAAUCUUAAGACUGUUUAGAAUGAAAAAUAGAGUUUCACCAUGAUAUUGUUAUAUACCCAAACUACUGUAAAAUAACAUUCCAUUUGUAAUUACUGUGUAAAAGGUUAAUAAAGGACAAGUAGCUAUGGAGCACCACUUGUGCGGGGAAACAAAA